CCGCCAAAUGAAAUGAAUCUCCAAAGCUUGAGCAGCAGACCGGCGGCGUCCACGAUAUGCAACCACCGGCGGAAGUUAACGGACCUAUUCUCCAUCAAAUCACCGGUGGGUUUCUCUUCCGCCGCCAUGCCGCUACUUCUCAGCAGUCUCAAUAUACAUUCUCAACCCCGAAAUUUGAUGGUUUCCCGGCAAAUAGCAUCCGGCGGCGGCGGCGACCUCGUUCCUAAGCUGCUCGACAGAAAGUGGACGUUACAGAAGCCCGAAUCGGAAGUCCAUCGGGUUCACCUCUCCCCGUCGCCGCGAUUGUUCCUUCGCAGAUUAAACGCCAGCAAUCCACUGCUGGGAGCUGGAAAUCACACUAUACAUCCCUCCUUUUAUGUUGUUCGCGACGAUUUGUUGCAUCCUACCGCGAACGGAAAUAAGGCCAGAAAGCUCGACGCUUUGAUUCCUCUCCUCCUCGACAAUUUUGUCACCGAUGUAAUUACCUGUGGAGGAUGCCAGAGCUCACAUACUGCAGCUGUUGCUGUUUUGUGUGCUGAAAGAGGGAUGAGAUCACAUUUGCUGUUGAGAGGGGAGCAACCUCAGAUUCUUACUGGCUAUAAUCUUAUCUCCACAAUGUAUGGACAUGUCAGCUAUGUUCCAAGAUCGGUUUAUGCAGAUAGGGAAGCCAUGCUGAAGGGCCAUGCUGAUUUGUUGGCCGGGAGCCAUGGUCAUGUUCUGUGGUGUAGUGACAUUGCUAAAGCUUCUUUUGCUGACGAAAGCAAAGCUAGGUGGAAUAAUGUUGGUGUUGGUAGUGAGGAGGAUUGUGCAAGAAAGGUACUGAUCAUUAAUGAAGGAGCUGGCGACGGUGUAGCAUUGAUCGGUCUAAUUCGACUGGUUGAGUACCUAUCGCAGGAUCAUGUAUUCGGAAUGGAAAAACCGAUUAGGUUGGUAGUUGAUUGUGGAACUGGCACUACAGCUAUUGGUUUGGCACUCGGAGCCUUAUGCUUGAGGCUUCCAUGGAAGGUAACUGCAAUCAUGCUGGCUGAUACCAUUGACCGAUACCGAGAGAAAGAGAAGCAGUUGAUGUCUGAAUUCAGCUCCCAAUAUGGAUAUAAACUUGACAUUGGUGACGAUGGAGGGCUUGUUCAUUGGGUUCAACGACAUUGCCCGAGGAAAUUUGGCAACAUCUUGGAAGGGGAGAUGGAGAAAUGCCAGCAGAUCGCAAGGCAAACUGGGAUUCUGGUUGAUCCUGUGUACACUUUGGCAGCUUGGGAAAUGGCAGCUCAGCUCAGCAUGGAAGGAGAAGAGCUGGUGGUAAUGGUUCACACGGGAGGAACUCUUGGGUCGUUUGGGUUGGCUCAGAGGUACAAAUCUCACUUUAGCAGCCUGAAAUGAGAUGGUGAUCCUAGUGUCUAGUGUAGCAAAAAGAGUGUCCUUUGUUUGUCUGCUAGAGUGGGUCGUUUGAAUUGGAGCUGGAUGGUAAGCAUGGUGUGGUGUGAGCGCUGCUCUCGGUUCUAUAGUGAUGUUGCUGCUAAAUCCCCUGAAGUUAUUUGCAAGCUGCUGUGCAAGGAUGUCUGCUAUCGUGCUAGUGGUAUACAGGAUCUCCAAGAUUGUCUUCUCCGCCUCAAUUUAGACUGGUAUACGAGGUUUUCGGUAGAUGUUCUUAACUAGUUUUUGUUAUUAAGAAGGGGUUUCUUUGGUUCCUCUUUGUUAGCAUGCAAGGAUGCAUUUGUUCUUAGAGUCUGAGAGUCGACUAGGUUAUUUUUUCCUAAGUCUGCCUGAGCUUAAUACAAUUUUUUAUUUAACCAACCCCUUUGAGUAACAAAGAGAAACGUUCAUACACUUCAAGGCUAUUUAUGUAGUUGAGAGUUUUUGUAGUAAUCAUUUAUGUAAUAAGGGUACUUAUCCCAA